UUCAGUGUUUUGACAUUGGUGGUGAAGUCUCAAGUCCUGAAAUGAGAACUGCAACCACAAAGUUGGAAGCCCUUAAGGGUCAACGUCCUUCUUCCUUGUCCAUCAACAAAUAUUCCCAUUUGAUUCGCAAGCCUUCUUCAUCAUCUUCCACAUCUCAUCUCGUAUUGACCAAAGCCAUCACCAAUAACCCCAUCAUCACGUACACGGAAUCUCCCAAGAUAAUUCACACUAAGCCUCGAGAUUUCAUGGCUCUGGUUCAAAGGCUAACUGGCAUAUCCAACUCCAAUGAACAUCUCUUCCACGAUGCUGCCUCCUCUCAGAAUUCUGGGUCUCUUACGAGUGAUGACUCCAACAACCGACAAGAUGAACAACAACAUCGGGAAGAUGUUGGGGAUGGUCAAAGUUGUGUUAAGGAAGAGCCUUUUUCUCGUUCUAGUAUGGAUUUUUCGGAUUUGCCUAUUUUCACUCCAGAUUCUGUGUUUACAUAUGCAGCAGGUUCGCCAUUUGGGUUUUUGGGUGCUUUGUUAUCACCUUCCGGAAUGGAAUUCAUGAAAGAAUUGCCUGAAUAUUAGUGGAAUCAGUUAGUUCAAUCUGAAUAUGUUAGUUUUUUUACAUGUACAUGAGAUGAAUCUUCUUUUUCCAAAUUCAGAUUUUUGAGAUGAA